AUGGCCUGUCGCCGAGCGAGUACUCUCCCCUUCCCCCUCCUCCUCCUGCUCCUCCUCGCACGUCUUCCCCGCGGCAUCAGCGUGGCGGCAAAUCCACCCCCCUCUCCAGGCGCAUCAGCGCCGGAGGCUAACACCGCCCCGGCACCGGCGGCGGCGGCACCAGUGGCUGUGAAGCUAGGCUUUCUGCUGCCCGUGCAAGAGCGCAACCUUGAUAUCCCUCUCAACCUCGCUCGCGAAUGGGGAUCGGCAGCGCAAGUAGCGCUGGACGUGCUCUCUACCCGCUACACGGGCUUCACCAUAAAGCCCGUCUUCCAGGCCGUCGAAUGCACCGCGGACAGCGCCGCAGUUGGCGCAGACGCGCUGGUGAAGCAGGGCGUGGCGGGCGUGGUGGGGCCCGCGUGCAGCGAGGCGGCUGUGGGCGCGGCGCCCGUGCUGGCCCGCGCGGGGAUCCCGAUGGUGUCCUUCGCCGCCACGGCUGACGCGCUGCGGAACCGCACCGCGUAUCCGACUUUUUUCCGCACCGCCUUCGGCGAUCGGCAUCAGGCAGCAGCCAUUCGCAGCGUGGUGGACCAGCUGCAGUGGAAGCGCCUCCUCGUGUUCCACACCGCCGAGACGUACGGCGAAGCGCUCGCCUACGAUGUGGCGCAGGAGCCCCAGCUGAAGGUGCGCACGGUGCGAAUCCCGCACCCGCCCCCCGCGGACUGCUCCGCGUACUUCCCCCCCGCGGCGGACGACUGGAUGAAGGGGUCGGAGGACAUGGGCGUGGUGCUCGCCGUGCUGCCCAGCACCGCCUCCUGCCUCUGGGCAGCCGCCAGCAAGCUCAAUCUGCUGGGGUACCCGUGGUGGUACCUGGGAACGGACGGCGUGGCAGCACUGGACCUAAUGGAUGCAGCGCCGCAGUCGGGGGAAGAGAUGCUCGCCAACCACAUGCUCAACGAGCUCGCGCUCGCGCCCUCAGGCGCCGACCCCUCAGGCGAGCAGCCAUUCGCGCCGUUCAAGGCGUACUGGCAGCAGCAGUCGUACGCUGCAUUCCCGGGCCUGCUCACCUUCGACGCGUCCCCUCGCUUCUCCUCCCCCCGGCCCUUCGUGCCACACCUCGUGGAUGCCGUGUGGGCGUUCCACGAGGCCAUCAACAAGACUGUUGGGGAACAUGGCGCAUCCCUGUCGGCCGCGCACCUGCUCGCCUGCUUCAACGACUCGCCGGCUGACUGCGUGUCCUUCCCGGGGGCCACGGGGCACGUGCACUUUGACUCUGACUCGGGCGAGCGCAGCAAGGUGCAGGCGUCGCCGCGCUACUCGCUCAUGCAGUUUGCAGGGCUCCCAUGGAUGCCCGUUGGGGAGUGGGUGGAGCAGCAGCAGCCGCGGCUUAACCUGACGCAGGAGACCCCGCUGCUGCGACCAGCAGACCCUGCUGCCACUGCUGGAGGAGACAUGGACGCUACAGGAGAGAGCAGCAGCAACAGGAGCAGUAGCAGUGGAAGAGCUGAUAGUGCUGCAGUUUCUGCUCCAGCACAGCAGUCAGCGGCCAACGAGCCCUUCAGUGCCGCUCCCCUCAGCGAAAGUGGCAGCAGCAGUAGCAGCAGCGGCAAUGGUGGCACCAUAGCCAUAGCGGUGGUAUGCAGUGUGAUGCUGGUGGCGCUGCUGGCAAUCAUUGGGGCCAUGCUAUGGAGCAAGAGGCAGUACUUGUUUGUGCACGAGGAGCCCAAGCACCAGAUGGUAGCUGAUGAUGCAGAUGUUGCUAGGGGGGGAGUGCACUUGCUCUAG